AUGUUUGUCCUACCUCCCCCGCCGCGGUAUCCCACCAUGGGGCCGUACGGCACCAGCUCGAUACAUCCCGUGCCUAUGAUUGAGACCAACAACACAUUGUCAAAUCCGACUGGCCCCGAGUGGCAGUUCCUUGUUGGCGAGGGAACAUAUACGCUCAAAGAAGACCUACACCUUGCGACCCCUCCACCUCACCCCUCAGAAGCUACAGUACCGAAUCCAAACCCGCUCUCGACUCACCCUCAACCAGCCACCGCCGGUACCAACGUCUCCCUUGUCGCUCUAGAUGCCCGGAAUGCUCCCCCGUUCUUUUAUAAGGGUCUUUCUUCCACCACCCUCGCAUUGAGCGGUGCACCUUCGAGCAUUCAAGAGCAUCCGAAUGAAGGUCGUUACUCGGCCGAGGGAGGCAUGAGCAGCGAAGACGGCAGGGCCGGUUCAACAAGCGAUGCUCCGGCUACUUCCAUAACGCUGGGCUCCGCGCCAGCAUUUGGCGAGGGCAAUGCCUUGCUUGCGCAAGUACAGAGCAAGGAUGUGAAUAAGAAGAGGAAGCCCAAGAACAACAUGACCAAGAGCAAUUCCUCCUUCAUCUCACGUGUUAUUGUCAACGAAGGCCUCUCUAGGAAGCUUACUGAGCGACCAAGUGAUGGAAUCUUCGCUUUUGCCAACAUAAACCGUGCUUUUCAGUGGCUUGACAUGUCUUCCUCAUCCAAGCAAGAUUAUUUGACCAAGAUUCUGUUCACCAAGGCUCACUGUCUGUGCCACGAUGUGAAUACUCAUACAAAGACUGUCGCACACCUUGACGUUAUCAUGGGCUUCUCAACCGGAGAGAUCAUCUGGUGGGAGCCAAUCUCACAGCGAUAUACGCGACUGAACAAGAAUGGAGCCAUAAACGGAACUCCAGUAUCAGCGAUCCGAUGGAUUCCGGGAUCUGAAAACCUGUUCCUCGCCGCCCACAUGGACGGGUCUCUGGUGGUUUAUGAUAAGGAGAAGGAAGAUGCCCAAUUCAAUCCUGAAGAGGAGGCAGUCAAUGGAAAUACAAGUGGCAGCAGUGGCGAAGCCAUAGAUGCAACCAACGGCAAUACUCACCCCAAUGGAAUCCGCAUCAAUAAGUCGGUCCAUUCCAAGAACCAAAAGUCGAAUCCAGUAGCGGCCUGGAAGCUAUCAAACCACCGCAUCAACGCCUUCUCGUUCUCUCCCGAUAACCGACAUCUGGCUGUGGUUUCUGAGGAUGGGACACUUAGGAUCAUCGACUAUUUGAAAGAAGAGCUUCUUGACGUAUUCUAUUCGUACUAUGGCGGCCUGACUUGCGCCUGCUGGUCUCCAGACGGGAAGUACGUCUUGACGGGCGGACAAGAUGACUUGAUCUCGAUUUGGUCGGUCGUCGAGUCUGCGCUGGUGGCAAGGUGCCAGGGACACCAGUCUUGGGUGUCUGCUGUUGCCUUUGACCCUUGGCGAUGCGACGACCGCAACUACCGUUUUGGAAGCGUGGGGGAGGAUGGACGUCUUUGUCUCUGGGAUUUCAGUGUCGGCAUGCUUCACCGACCAAAGGCGCAAUCUGUUCGACAUCGGGGGUCUAUCUCGUCACGAUACACGGCCCUGCAGCGGGCGGAGACGGCGACUACGUCUAACUCGCGGCUGCGAUCCGACUCGAACUUGGAUGCGGAGGACGAAGAGGUUGUGAUCCAACACCCUGUUGAGCCUCGAGCUCGGAUCCCUAUGCUCCCCCCUGUGCUUAACAAGUCGAUUGAUACGCACCCGGUGUGCUGGUUAGACUUUACAGAAGACGCCAUUAUCACGAGCUGCAAGUCAGGACAUAUCAGAACGUGGCUACGUCCUGGGUCGGAACUGGCGGCACAGACCGAAGGAGCAGAAGCCCCGGCAGCGGCAUCAUGA